UCUCUCUCUCUCUCUCUCUCUCUCUCUCUCUCUCUCUCUCUCUUUCUCCGAGCUGCGUCCGCGGCGCCGCAUCAUCCUGGAACAUGGAAAUCCAAGGCUCUCGUGCCUCCAUCUAGCCGGAGGAGUCUCACCUCACCGAGUCAAGACGUGGGGCACUAUGAGUGAAGAGCCACCGGUCUCCCCCAGCUGGCUGAGCCCCGACACCACAGAGUGGGUCACUGGAGGCGAGGGGGCCACGGACAACAGCACCGGCAUGGGGACGUUUCCAGGGGAAGGCUACCUCCCGCCCAGCCAGCUGCCACUUCUGGUCAACCCCUGGGACAUUGUUCUGUGUUCGUCGGGUACUCUGAUAGCCUGUGAGAAUGCACUGGUGGUUCUGGUAAUCUGGCAGAACCCCGCGCUCAGAGCACCCAUGUUCCUGCUGAUCGGCAGCUUGGCGCUGGCCGACCUCCUGGCCGGUCUGGGCCUCGUACUUCACUUCACCUGUGCCUACUUGCUUCAAUCCGACUCGGCCCAGUUGCUCACCGUGGGCUUGGUGGUGGCGUCUUUCUCAGCCUCCGUCUUCAGCUUGUUGGCCAUCACUAUUGAUCGCUACCUGUCGCUGUACUACGCCCUCACCUACAACUCGGAGCGAACGGCAGCCUUCACCUACACCAUGUUGGUGCUGUUGUGGGGGCUCUCUUUGUGUCUCGGCCUGCUGCCGGUCACAGGGGUCAACUGCCUGGCAGAGGAGGCCACAUGCAGCGUGGUGAGGCCUUUGACCAAGAACAACAUCGCCGUGUUGUCUGUUUCAUUCCUGCUGCUCUUUGGCCUCAUGCUGCAACUCUACGUCCAGAUCUGCAAGAUUGUGAUGCGCCACGCUCACCAGAUUGCCCUCCAGCACCACUUCCUGGCCGCCUCGCCCCACUACGUCACCACACGUAAGGGUGUGUCCACGCUGGCCAUCAUUCUGGGUACCUUUGCUGCCUGCUGGAUGCCUUUCACCGUCUACUCCCUCAUCGCUGACUACACCUACCCUCCGCUCUACACGUACGCCACGCUGGUGCCUGCCACCUACAACUCCGUCAUAAACCCUGUCAUCUACGCCUUCAGGAACCAGGAGAUCCAGAAGGCGCUGUGGCUAGUGUGCUGUGGCUGCGUGCCCGCCAGUGUGGCCCAUCGGGCGCGGACACCCAGCGACGUUUGACUGAGCAGACCCAGGUGGCAAAAGAAGAGGCAACCUGGGUCAGCUCUGCUCCUCGCUGGAACCGUCCAGCACCAAAGAGAGCUGGGGAGGAGGUGGAGGGCCGCUGCUUCAGUUUGGAGUGGACCAGUCUGGGAUAGGUGGUGUUUUCUUUCCCUUGCUGGAGCAAAGUGUCUUCCUGUCUUCCCCCACUAAAGGCCAGUAAGUGGGCUGUCCCCCGCCCACCUUAGUCUGCGUUUCUGCAGAGCGAGCUGAGUGGAUCACACGCCACGGCCCGUGUAUAUACCUCCAUAGCUCUGGUUGUUUUCAUUCAGAUGCAGGGAGGAAUAAUUAGUUUGCACAUCAGUGUUGGAACACAAAGGCAUUUCCAAGGUGAAGCCCGUCUGGAACAGCAUCCCAACGCUCCGCCGCCGCCGCGCUCUGAACGUGUGUCGAAAGCUGAACAGCCGUGGAGAGCUAAAAAUAGAGCUGAUGCUCUCUGAUCUGCUCCACAGACGCCGGGGAAGAAAUCUAGCAUCCUUUGCUCCUCAUCUCACCCGUUUUCCCUCACUUUCCCUCCUCCUCGUUUUGCUUUAGAUUGUGCGUGAGUGCGUUAAGUCCAUCGGUUAAGUCCCACCAUUAAUCACUCCCCACCCCCACAGCCACUCUGCAUUUUGUGUUGGUGGGGUGGCACCGAACCAAACAGAGGCGUGUCUGAUUAUGUAAUCACAUUAAAUCUUCUCUGUUUCUUGGCUUUUCGGAAAGCUGUUUAAAUUGAAAGGAUAGCUCCGGUUCUUGUGAUUAUAGCUCUUUGAACAACCGCAGUUUGGAGAAAUAAUGGCCUGUUUUUUUAUUCUGUUCUUGAAAGUUUGAAACGUCUAAAUUCUAAAUCAACAAGGAACGUCUCCCAAAAUCAGAAUGCCGACUUGAAAAGUGAAAGGUUCCUGAGCAACCUUGACCAUUACGGCUGUCGGAUGCAUGAAAAACGCUUAUAGAUCCAGUCAUAAAUGAUUUAAUUUCACUGCUGUCAGCCUGUAUCUCAUAUAGGUGCUGUAUUUCCUCAGUCAGUCUAAAUGCAUAGAAAGCAGAUACGUUCAUUAUUAUCUUGUACCCGGGCUUUCCACCGGGUGCGAAUACGGUGCGUAUUGUAAGCAGCGCAAAACGUAAUAGACGCAUUUUCAUCGUGAUCUCUGCCGUGCGGUUCUUCCUACCAAAAGCAUUUUUCAGGUGAACAGUGAAUGCGUUCCAUGCAGCGGGUUCCACAAAAGCAGUGGAAAAUUGUAAUAUUACGCAAGAUUUUGCCAGUUCACACAAUAAUAAGCAAGGAGAAAGAUAUCAGCGCGAAUCAGAAAGGUCUGCGGUUUGGAAUUCCUGUCAGGCCUGAACCGAACUGCUGAGCUCGACAUGUUCUGAUGGCAUAGCUCGUAAAAAACAAAACAAAAAAUAAACAUCGGAAAUGCAAAUCUAGCAGAGCAUUGCAACACCUUCCGGGAUGCAUUCAAGAUGCUCCUAGUGGAAAACACACCCAUUGGCUAUAAGGGCGGCUAAUAGCUACGUAUUACGUUUGUUAUGCGAUGAGUACGUAUCUGGUGGAAAGCCAGGGUUAGCCUGGUCACUGAGCACAUAUAUAGCGAACCCCUGGUUUUUCUACUUGGAACUAGAAAACUGAUAAGUCAUGAGUGACAUGGUUUCCAGAUUUAAGUGUCAACGUAAGAGGCGAAUGAAACAAGCUAACGGCUAGUCCAGGAAACUUCCCAAACCUCAAACUUUUUAAGGAUUCGGAUGAACUAGAAUUCAGAAAUCUUCUAGGAACAUUUUGAGUUUAAUGCUCUUUUAAGAUGUCAUUAUCCUCAAACUAGCAGUUAGCUCAUCAAUCCAAACCAAUUUUUUCUCUAUUUCUCCUAAAUGAAGCAGUUCAAGUGCAAUGUAAAAUGUUAAUUCUUUCUACAAAACUCCACUUCAAAAGGUCUAUCAUUGCUUGAAGAUCCACCUUGCUCUUCCUCGGAGCAUUUUUGAAUCCCAAUGAGCAUCACAUCAACCUCAUUAUUUAAAAUCUAAAUUCAUGAAGCGAGCUGUGCUUUGCAUGUAAUUAGCACAAAUGCUCAUUUUGUUCUCAGUGUUCAGUAUGAUGGGUCACACACGGCCGCCGCAGGCCAUGACUUCCUGAUGUCAUCAUGACCCUAAAAUUUCAUGUAUAAGAGUAGCUCACAUGUACCGCAUUAACAGAGCCACAAUCGUCACAAGGUCAUAAAGAGCUCCGUCCUGUUAGAAAAACACCUUUUUAUCCCUGGUACAGCUUGUGCAUCUCUUCUACACUGCUCUGAGUCACCGUCUUGAAUGUUUUGGUCUUCAAAAGCAUCAGAUUCCUUAUCUCUCCAGGCCAUGCCAGCAAUAACUGAACCUACCGGAACGGUGGUUGUUUAUUAGAUGUGAAGCAAUACUCAGACAGCAAUAACAUCCACGUCCCAGCUUGUCUUUUCCCAGCUGAGUGACAUGCCGUCAUGUUCGUCCAGUUGGGGGUGUAACGGAGAAUAAAAGCGCUGAAGUGAUGCUUCGGUGACCGGUACUCACUCCUGGGCCAUCACUGCCUCAUUUCUCCAUUUGUGAACAUUUUUCUUUUGUUUUCAUCACAUCUACAUUCUCCUCUUACCUUUAAUACGUGUGUGUGUGUGUGUGUCAUCGGUGUGAGCUGCGUUACGUGCAGACUGUAAUCCGGCCCCUCAUACUGAAUCGUCGUUUCCUGUUUGACACCCUGACCUUAGACACUAACACCUUCAGUCUUCCUGUAAGUUCUCCGAGAAGUGGCCUCGUUACAUGUUCGCAGAGCUUGUUGGAUGGAGGUGGGACCAGCAGUUCAAGCCAAAGUGUUAAAAAUGAACUCUGAAUGAGAUGAAGUCCUAGUCCUGCUGUCUUUUAUCUGCGUCAUCAAUAUUAGACUCUACUUUAGAGCUUAUGAGCUAAAAACGGCUACUUCCAAAUACAAUAAUAACAAUGCUUCUUCUUUCUAUCCCUGCUGCUUCUCAUCUCGUCAAGCCGAACUUUUAUGGAGUUCCUCUUCUUUGUGGCCUCAGAUCAGGUGCAAAACUUUUUUUUUUUAAACUGGAAAACCGUGAGCAUUCCGAAGCAUGGAGACGUAGCCCGUGGAUGUGAACUUGUGCACUGUAGUUAUUCGAUGAGCACCAACUGUUAUUAUUUUACCUUGCAGAGAGAAAAGUCUAUUUUGUUAUAGUCGCUGAAAAGUUUUUUUUCACCACUUCACCUCUCAUUCUGAUGUGUGAUGCGACAGCGCUGUCAAGCCUUUUUCUGAAUGUAGUAGUUACUCAAAUGAGCAGAAAUGCCCCUCCUCCUCUCAACACUGUAAGAAAUGAAAUGUUGGAUUUACUUAACCAAGUUAUGUUAACUGGUUUCACUAAAACUAGCGGAGGUGUGGACUCGAGUCACAUGACUUGGACUCAAGUCAGACUCGAGUCAGUAUUUUAAUGACUUCUGACUUGAUAAAAUCUAUAAAGACUUACGACUUGACUCUGACUUUAACGCCAAUGAGUUGCGACUUGAAUCGACUUGCAUCUCAUUCUUGGUUCUGGGUGUGAUCUUGUUCUGCUAACUGCAGCAGCACUUUGUUUAUAAUCAGUUUCAGUUGCACUUCUGCUUGUUUGAGCAAAUAAAUGAAGCUUUAUUUCUGGAAUUAAUUUAUUAUCAUUGUCAUUAAAUUGAAGUUGGACAGAUGACUUGAUUAUGACUUGAAAAUUCAAGGUUAAGGACUUGGGCUUGACUUGGACUUCCACAUCAUUGACUUUGGACUCGACUUGGACGUCUUUGACUUGGACUUGACUCAAGACUUGACCGGAAAGACUUGUGACUAACUUGUGACUUGCAAAGCAGUGACUUGGUCACACCUCUGAAAACCAGUUGCUUAAUUGUAAAAAGUAACAAACAUUGUUCUACAUCAUUAUAUUACUGUUUACAUUUAAGCAGAAACCAGUUGACAUAACUUGGUUAAAGCAACACUAAAGAGGUUUUAACACGUUAAGCUAUUGUUUACAAAGUGAGUUUCAGUGAUUAAUGAGGUAGAAACUUUACCCACUUCAGAUUGUACCACACUCUGCUGCCCGUUGAUGACCACAAACUGUACUUGACAGUUUUGCGACGGGACAGUUCACUAGGUGGAGCACUCUACCUGCUUUGUGGCUGUUAGCUGUUUACUCACCGGUUGCUAAUAUAAAGGCUAGCAGUUAGCUUAUCCACUUCACUGAUCAUCAAUAAAAUGCACAAGAAAAAAAAUAUUGCUGAGCCCGGAAAUAAAAGUAAGAGAGUUAUGUAUUUGGAGGCUUUUUUUGCUAGUGGAUUUGUAAGUAAUACUAUUUGUUGUUUCGCAGGGUGGAUCUUUUUACUUUGUGGCUUAUUUAGUAUUAGUUUGCUUGCGUUAGCUCGUUGUUAGCACUAGCUACAGCAGGUUGCAGCAGGUUGCUUAUGACAACCAUAAUUCUGCAUUCAACCAGUAGGACAUCUCAUUUACACUGAAAGACAAAGUCUGUUGGAUUUUCAUUAUUGAAUCAUGUACAUUGGUUGCAUGCAAUUAAAUUAUGUUUUGGUUUAAUAAAUUCAAUAAUGCCAAUCUGAUCAAUACAAGUAAUUAGAACAUGACCAUUUCAUGUUGUAAGAGCAUGAAAUGACCAUGUUCUAAUACCAUGUAUUUAACAGAAUUCCCAAAAUACAUUGAUAUAAUUUCGACAAUCUCACUGAAGCUUUUUUCCCCCCAGUGUGUCAACCUGUAAUCAUUUGAAAAAAGGGCUUUGGUGAGGUUGUGGAAAUGAUAUCAGUGUAUUUAAUGAAUUCUGUAUAUGUUAUUAGAACAUGGAUUUAUCAUGUUGGCAUGAUAUUAUUAUAUAAUUUCAUGCAACCGAUAUACAUGAUUCAAUUAUGUAAUUCCAACAGACAUUUUCUUUCAGUGUAGUGUUGCUUUAAUUGAAUUCAACAUUUAAUUUCUUACAGGGAAGUUUUUGUUUCUGUAAAUAAGGCAUGCUGAAGAAAUAUUUUGCUUUUCACUCUCCUUCCUUCAGUAUGCAGCAGUAAGUGAACGGUUGGGUCGAUUGAAAAGACAAACGUUUCAGGAUGAAUUGAGCAAACCACUGGUGUAUUGUCAAAUGAGUCCCUUCCUGAGCAGGUGAACAAGGGCUUUGUAUUCAAGGACAGGACUGUGAUGUUGGAUGUAUUACUCACGUUUAUACACAUCUGUUCAUCUACUCAAUAAGCAACUAUUAUUUAUAUUUUUCUCUUAGGGAAAAUAAUACUACACUGCAAGAAAUUAAAUGUUGAAUUUACUCAACCAAGUCAUGUCAACUGGUUUCACUAAACCUCAUUGCAAAGAGUAAUAUAUGUUCUUAGUUUUUAAGUUAAAAGCAGUGAUGAGAUGUAAUGAAGUACAGAUACUCUGUUACUGUGCUUAUGUGCAAUUUUUCUGUAUCUGUGCUUAAGUAAUUUUCUUGAGGUCUACUUUUUACUUUUACUUCACAAACAUUUCUAAAAAGUUUCAAAAAUCAAAGUAUUUUAAUUAGCGUUUUAUCUGAGCACCACCCCACCUCCGUCAGCACCCUCAUCCGCGCCAGACUGCAGUUCCAAAGGCAAAAGUACUUUAAUGUUAGCUAAAUACUUUUAUUGUUUAACAUUUGAUAUUGCAUACUUUAAUACUUUUACUUGAAGUCAAAGAUUUCUUGGAUUUUUUUCAACUUUUACCAAAGUAAUUUUUUUACCCCUUUAUCUGUACUUUUACUUAAGUUAAAAAAAAUCAAGUAAUUUUUACAUCACUGGUUAAACUUACAUGUUUAUUAUGCUUCACGUUUUAGCAACUAGUGGAACCAGUUGACAUAACUUGGUUAAGUAAAUUCAACAUUGCAUUUCUUGCAGUGUUGUGAUGGGACUGUUCUGAUGGUUGCUAAUUUAGAGCUAAAUAUCAAAACACUCAAGGGCCUGUGAAUGUGUGUGUGUGUACUUGAGUUUGUGUGUGAUUUUGAGAGGGAGGUGGAGAUGAGGUGGUCACAGUAUCUUGUUUUCAAUGUGAAAUGCACUUUACUUUUCGGGAUGAAAACGGCACAACCAAUUAAUUUUCUGCAAAACGAAACAUAUAAACGAUAAUCAACAUGCACUAACUUAACUGAGAUAUUGUUAACAAACAGUUGUGUGAACGUGGUGUCUAUUUUUCCAAGGCGUCAUAGUUGUACUUUUUAUUGCUUUGGUUAGUCCACUCUACUGAGAGAUCUUGUUAAUUUUGUAUUAAAGACAAACAUGUGCUGUGCA